GGGCUCGAGUCGAAUCUUAAGGGAGCGUCUCAACUCUGUCCUUAUGUCUGGCACCCGAGCGGCCACGGCGGCUUCCAACGACCGCGCCCCUCACCCGGGGGCAGGGGCUGCUGCUGCUGCUGCUGGCGGUGCUUUGAAGCGGCUGCGGAGCGAGCCUGGCGGCAACCGGGUCACUGUAGUCCUAGGGGCGCAGUGGGGGGACGAAGGGAAAGGGAAGGUGGUGGACCUCCUGGCCACCGAGGCCGACAUCAUCUGCAGGUGCCAGGGUGGAAAUAAUGCAGGCCAUACUGUGGUUGUUGAUGGGAAAGAAUAUGAUUUUCACCUCUUUCCUAGUGGUAUCAUUAAUCCAAAGGCAAUUUCAUUUAUUGGAAAUGGGGUAGUUAUACAUUUGCCGGGCUUAUUUGAAGAAGCUGAAAAAAAUGAGAAGAAAGGAUUAAGAGAUUGGGAGAAAAGACUCAUUAUUUCAGACAGAGCACACAUUGUGUUUGAUUUUCACCAGGCAGUUGAUGGACUUCAAGAAGUGCAGCGGCAAGCACAAGAGGGGAAAAACAUUGGCACAACAAAGAAAGGAAUUGGACCAACCUAUUCCUCCAAAGCUGCACGAACAGGUCUUCGGAUAUGUGAUCUUCUUUCAGACUUUGAUGAAUUUUCUUCAAGAUUCAAGAACCUGGCUCAUCAGUACAAGUCGAUGUUUCCUUCUUUGGAAACUGAUGUAGAAGGGCAGCUGAAAAAACUGAAGAGCUAUGCUGAAAAAAUAAGACCAAUGGUUCGAGAUGGUGUUUAUUUUAUGUAUGAAGCACUUCAUGGUUCACCAAAGAAAAUUCUUGUGGAGGGUGCCAAUGCAGCACUCCUUGACAUUGACUUUGGCACAUACCCUUUUGUGACAUCAUCAAACUGUACUGUGGGAGGUGUAUGCACUGGACUCGGUAUUCCUCCUCAACAUGUUGGAGAGGUAUAUGGUGUAGUGAAGGCCUACACAACAAGAGUGGGAAUUGGAGCCUUUCCCACUGAACAGAUAAAUGAAAUUGGGGAACUCUUACAGUCUCGAGGCCAUGAAUGGGGAGUGACAACAGGUAGAAAAAGGCGCUGUGGCUGGCUAGACCUUGUCAUUUUGAGAUACGCUCAUAUGAUCAACGGAUUCACUGCUCUGGCAUUAACAAAACUGGAUAUUCUGGAUGUCCUUGAUGAAAUCAAAAUCGGUGUUGCAUACAGGCUGGGUGGAAAAAGAAUUCCUUAUUUUCCAGCUAACCAGGAGAUACUGCAGAAAGUAGAGGUUGAGUAUGAAACGAUGCCAGGAUGGAAGACAGACACAACUAAUGCAAGAAAAUGGGAGGACCUUCCACCCAAGGCUCAAAAUUACAUUCGGUUUGUUGAAAACCAUGUUGGAGUGCCAGUUAAAUGGGUUGGAGUUGGAAAAUCCAGGGAAUCAAUGAUCCAGCUCUUUUAACCACACAAAGAACUUCAGUGCCAAGAAACACAGUUCACUGCCAAUCGGCUCCUUUCUUUUCCCGAGCUCACAUGAAGAUGCUGUAGAAAUCAAAAUGUUCUUCCUAGAAUGUGAUUGUGCAUAUCUUGUUCUAUUGUUGUUUUCAAGUAUCAAAAAAAUCAAGAACACAGAAUAAGAACAACAAGAAUAGGAUUUGGAGGAAAAACUUAAAUUCAUAUUUGAAAAGUUCAUCUAGAAGUUUUUCUCUGAACUGCUACCAAUAAUGAAAUUUAUGCCAGAUUGCAGAAGGUCAUAAACAGGAUGUUCUAUCCCUGUUUGAGGAAGCAAAAAUAGUGGUGACAUAUGUUUGUGUGCCUUCAAGUCUUUCCCCACUUAUGACAACCCUAAGGUGACCCUAUCACCGGGCUUUCUUGACAAGAUUUGUUCAGAGAAAGUUUGCCACUGUCUUCCUCUGAGGCUGAGAGAGUGUGACUUGCCCAAGGUCACUCACUGAGUCUCCAUGGCUGAGCAGAGAGUCCUAGUCCAACACAAUCAGCUUGGUUCAAAGCUAGUGGCAGUUAAUGAUCCUUUUUAUGUUUGGCAGUUUGCCUUGAAGCCUGUACAGUACAUUUUAAAUAAAAUCUUUUCAGAUAGAAAGAGGAAAGAUAAUAAAAUAGUGUAUUUCAUUUCAAAUUGGGGACAACUGCCUGAGUUGAGGAUAAAAGUUUCCCUUCAGUUGUUUUCAAGUGCGAAAAUCCCUGUGGAGCUUUUACUCCAUAGGCAACUGAUUAAAGGUAGAAAAAAAACAUCAAAUGCAGAAAAUGUACUUAAAAAGAUUAAGAUGGUGCAGCAUCUUUCCAUAGCUUAGAAUAGAACUUUAUGGAGUUUCAUUACAUCCUUGUUACAGUCUUUCUAGAUCUCUAGUUUUGGAUCUUAUGGUAACAUAUUUUGUUUCUUCUGCAAUACUUUUAUCACUGCUUCACUUAACCUACAAACAGAGUAUAAGAAGUAGUACUACGGCAUUUAUGCCUGUGACAACAGCUGUUUCUUUCUAACUUGGAAACUGUAGACAGGCAGCCAGUGACUUGCAGGCUGUUACCAGUCCACACACCACCAUUUUGAGUAGUGCUGCUUUACAAAUACAAGGAAUGUCCACAAUCGCAACAAAAACAAUCAAGAAAUGUGUUAAUCCUUGCGAGGAAAAGGGCACAACACACGUACCUGCUGUUACUUGCCUUCAUUUUUUUAAAAAUGCCAAUGGUGGGCUGUGCCAUUGCAACCAGGUAUCCACAGGGAACAUGAGGUGGUUCUAGAGCACUGAAGUGCUCAGUUGAAAUGGGAAUAAAGGUAAUUAUUGGCACUUUAAGGUGACUGCUUCCAAUACCAAAGACAGUAUCAAAGUGGAAGUAGGCAAACCUCUCCAGAUAAUGGGAGUCAAACAGGAGUUGAAUACCACUACUGUGGUACUGCCUGUCGCCUACGAUUGCUCCGCUAGUUGGUAGAAGGACCCGUCAUGAGCAAUCUCUGGUUGUGAACCAGUCUGGAAGUGAACUAGAUUGGUACAUAAGAUAAGCAGUCCAGGCAAUUUGACAUUUCCCUUUGUAGUCCUCAUACCUACUGGAAAAUGUACUGUAGCAUCCAAAAUAAUUACUAUGUAAAACUCCAUAUGAGUCAGUUUCUCUUUCUUGGCUCAAGAAGAAAAUUAUGGAAGUCCUCCUUGUCUUUCUCUUAUGUGCUGGUUUUGAAAAAAAUGUUGAUUAUCAGGAAGGGUCUCUAGAACCUAGUAGUUGUCAGCACACUGAUGCUGUAAGUUAGUUUUAUCUCAAUGGCACAGAUGGAGUGGGUUUUUUUCUUGCUUGAAAGACGUUUUAUAUAUAUAGCAAAGAUUUUUAUCCCUCCUCCUCCAUUUUCCAUGUAGAGUAAAAGUGGCCAGCAUGAUGCUGAUAAACUGCACAUUGCAAACAUGUUCACAUUGUAUGUGAACUAUGGCAGUCUUGGACACUGCAGGUUUAUUUUUUGUAGCACAGCAAUAAUAACGGACACGUACCUCUUGUGAAGAAUGAACUACUCUGUUCAUAAUAACAUGGCAGCUUGCACAUCUUUGCUGCCUAAUAUGCAGUGAAGAAGAGUUUUGUAGACCUGAAAGCUCCAUGUGUGCAUGCAUAUGGAUGGUGUUAAUUUUUGAGCAAGGCAGUGUUUUUUGUAAAGACAACAAAGAAGACAUUUUGCUUUCAAAUGCUGAUGAAUACACAGUUGGUUUUAAAGUGUAAUAUUUAAAGUGUAAUAUUUCAGUGACUAAUGAGCUAUAAAUCGUGAUGUCUGGUUUGAAUCAUGCUUGUCAUGAAUGUGGCUUCAGCAAGCCACUUACCUUACGGAUUGUUCUUAGAAUUGCACCAUGCAUGUGAGGCACUGUGAACACCAGGAAGCACUAUGGAAAUGCAAAGCAUUAUGAUCCAUAACAGACUCGAUGAAUGGAAAGGUUUAACAUUAGCUGAAUGAGAAUACAGGAAGAGCAGCCAAGGUGUGUCUCAGCAUUUCAUAUCUCCUGAUUUUGAGUUGUAUGCAUUUAUCCAGUUGCAGUACAAUUGCCUUAAAUACUUUGAGAACAUAGGAGUUAUAGUUAAUUUCUCAAAACUAGUAGAAACUCUGGCACAGAGAGGUGUGCUGACUAGCUGACCUUUGCUUAAUGAUUAUAACUGAAGUACAUGUAAGGCACUGAAAUCCAGUGAGCUUGAUUUGAUGGAUUGUAUUUGUUGUCUGUCAUGUAAGUACUGGAAUCCACAGAAAGUCUUUUUGUACAAAGGUAUGUUUCUAUCUCGUAAGUCUCAUUGGGAGCUGCUGUGGGUUGAGGGGUUAAAAACAAAAGCAGUUGCAUAUAUCUUCUGCCAAUGUCUCUGCCUCAGGGCUGCUAACAGUAGCAUGGAUCAUAAUACUUGCAUAGCUAACUUGUGUAGACAGUAGGCUCUAGCCCACACUGGCAUAAUAAACUGAUAAGAACAGAUUAUACUUUUAGAGAAUGCUUUCCCAGCCAAAAGGCCGAGAAGCGAUGCACACUGGCAGAAUAAAUGCCACAAGAUUCUCUAACAGUUCUCAGGAAGACUUGCACAGAAGUUUUUAGGACAAUCAUGUUGAGAUCAGCCUUUGGAAAAGAUGGUCUAUUGUAAAGACUGUCAUUACAUAGAGAUGUUUAAUAUUUUGUAAAUCACGUUUAAGAAAUACAGUUAUAUUGUAGGUGUCAGUGGGCCCCUACCAAAGCACUUUCAUUUCUAGUGGGUUCCAGUCCUGCCAGAAAUGUAUUGGGAACCCCUUUCUUUGACCUUUAGUAUUUCAGCUUAUAAACGCUUGAGCAAAAUUCACCAAUGUGACCUUUACCCUGGAUGUGCUAAGAAUGCAUCCAUAAAGUUAUACAAAGCCUGUUUACUACAACAAUGAGUAGUCAAUAUGAGCUGCAUACGUUCUGCUCAGGGUGAUGGUUGUUGAGCAGCUAAACUAGCAGCAUUGCAACCCACUGGGAAAUGUCCCAUAUAGCCCCAGUGAAAUGAACAGGGUGCUGAGCAAGAAUACAUCCCAUUCAUUUCAUUACAGCAAACAAAAGGGGGCUUUUCAGUGGAUCACACCCAAAGACAUCAGGACUUUUAGCUGGCACUAAAUCACAGAUGAACGUUUCUGUAACCUUAUAUUUAUGUAGAAUUUUUAUUGAAUUGUUGGCUUUAUUCUAAUGGAAAUCUCUAUUCCCACAAAGUAAAAGCACUGAAUAAUAUUCACAUACUUAUUUAUUAGAGAAUUUAUAUUGCAGUCCACUCAGUAACGUGUUUGAUGUGAAUAAUGUUAUUCUCUGGAAUGUUUCCAGUUAAAUUUUAUAUACCGUUGCUUGGAAUUUAGUUAUAAUCAUUUAGUAUCAUUGCCCUGAACACAGGUUGUAUCAGUAUUGAUAAUCUGAAAUCAAAUUAUACAAUUGGAAUUAAUGGGAGGAACAUCAUGGUCAGACGCUGAAAAAGGAUUUCAGUUAAAAAGUAUUGUCUAACAUGAUGUUCUCACACUGAUAGAGCCGGAUGUACAUGGGUCAGCAAAUAAAGGCACCAAAAGUGUGUGUUCUUGAUUAUUUUUGUAUACUGUAAAUGAAACGACCCUUUUAUUGCACAGUGGUUUGCUUAAUAAAGAUGGGAGUGUAGAAUUUGGA